AGCUGGCACGUGACGCAGUCAUGUGACCGCACAAAUAACCGCAUGAUUAUUUUCGGCUGCAACUGUGCAAGGUAAACAGGAAAAUGAAUGUUGUCACGGUGGUGGGUGUAUUUGCCUUAUUUGGAUGUGCAUUGAGUGCUUCCGUGAAUACUGGAAGUGUGUAUUGCAGCAAAAGAAAAUGCACAUUCAAAGCAGACAUUUUGGAUCCGGACUCGACGGCUUAUGGCGUCUUUAACGACACAAUUGAGUCACGGGGAUGGGGGAUACUGGAACUCCGAGCUGGCUUGAAGAAACCACCAUCCGAUGAUGACAUCAUGUUCGCUGCUGGAUAUUUAGAAGGUCUACUUACCACCGAGAGAAUAUACCAGAACUAUUUAAACUUGAAACCUAUCUUCUGGGACCGUGUACCUAAGGUUACCGAAAAAAAGAUAAUCCAGUUCCUGAAAGAUCAUAUCUCGUGGACCAAACAGAUGAUUGAAAAAAGUGCUGGACACGAUCCCUUUUGGCGGCAGGUGUCCUACGUCAUGGCACAACUUGACGGUUUGGUCGAGGGCUACAACGUCAAGGCGGCUUAUGACCAUAAAAUUGACUAUAUUCGAAUGUUUACCCUCAGUGCGUCUGGUGAUAUGAUGAGCAUCGCGAUGGCGGUCAGUCCAGAACUCUAUCCAGACUUCACUAAUAUGACACGAGAUGAAGUGGAAAGAUAUGUCUUCAGUAGGAGCAGAUGUUCAGCCUUAGUCAAAGUAACGGACGACUACAGCGACCUGUUGAUGGGCCAUUCCACGUGGUUCAUGUACCAGUCGAUGAUGCGGAUUUACAAAUACUACACCAUACAUCUCAGUGACAAAGCGUCGGUUAUAGGUCGGAUGUCUUUUUCCAGCUACCCAGGGUUCCUGGUGUCAAUUGAUGACUUCUACGUAAUGGCAGACACUUCGAUGGUGAUGAUACAGACGACCAACAGUAUUUUCAACAAGACGAUGUACUCAGCCAUUCACCCCCAGUCUCUUCUAGCAUGGCAGAGAGUGCGAGUCGCUAACAUGAUGUCCAAUUCUGGCAGCCAGUGGGCCGAUGCCUUAGCAACACAUCAUUCUGGUACAUAUCCCAACCAGUACAUGGUGGUGGAUCUCAAACUGUUCAAGCCGAACGUAGAGCUUGAGGACAACCUGCUGUGGGUAGUGGAGGAAAUACCAGACCUUGUGAUGGCGGCUGACCAAACUCAGAUACUCAGAAACGGUUAUUGGUCCUCCUACAACGUGCCAUUUUACGAGAAAAUCUAUAAUUUAAGUGGCUACCCAGACAUUGUCAAGAUGAAAGGCCUCGAUUUUUCUUACCAGAUGGCACCACGUGCAAAAAUAUUUCGACGUGACCAUGGAAAAGUGAACAGUGUAAAGACAAUCCAGGAGAUUCUACGGUCAAAUGAUUAUAAGAAUGAUCCAUUCUCAGAAGGGAACCCUUGUAAAGCAAUCUGCUGCCGUGGUGAGUUGAGGAAAGAAGCACCAUUCCUUGGAGGAUGUAUUGAUACAAAGGUAACCUCGUUCAAGAUGGCUGAAGACUGUGCAGCCUCCAUUAUAAGUGGUCCAACAACAGCAUCAAAUAUUCCACCAUUCCACUGGGGAAAGAAGUAUGCUAACGUGUCGCACAUAGGACUGCCUGAAGAAUUUAAUUUUGAUUUCUUCAAUGUGUUUGCAACCAUAUAAAAUAUUUAAUUAAAGAGAGAGAGAGAGAGAGACUCAGAGUGAGAUUGAGUGUGAGAGUCUGAGUGAGAACGAAACACUGACACUGACGUUGACAAAGACUCGGAGGCAGAGAAAG